AUGCCGCCGCUGCCGCCUCUGCCCCUAGCGCUACACCGCGCGUUCUCCCUGCUCAACCGACUCGAUUCCCCGCGCCACCUCCUGCAGGCGCACGCCUUCCUCCUCCCCCGCGGCGGCCACCGCAACGCGCGACUCCUCUCGGCGCUCCUCCUCGCCUCUCUCCGCCUCCCUCUCCGUCCCCACGCCCUCGCGCUCCUCCGCCGAACACACCCCUCCGUGUCCCUCAACGCUGCCGCCCGGAUUCCCCACCUGCGUGGCACUCUCGGCCCGCAGCUCCACUCCGUUGUCGUCCGUGCCGGGCUCGCCUCCGACGCGCACGUCUCGACCAGCCUCAUCCAGGCCUACUUCUCCUGUGCCUGCGCAGCCUCCGCACGCAGUGUGUUCGAUGAAACGGUCCACAAGGACAUCUUUUGCUGGAACGUCACCAUCUCGGGGUAUGUCAAGUCCGGGGACCUGGUCUGUGCGCGUGAGCUGUUCGAUGUUAUGCCACAGAGGAACGUCGUGUCGUGGACGACCUUGAUCGGAGCAUAUGCGCAGAUGAAACGGCCAGCAGAGGCAGUUGAGGUGUUCCGGAGGAUGCAGGUUGAGGAGGGCAUCGAGCCUGAUGGGAUAGCAAUGCUGUCGGUGUUGUCGGCUUGUGGGGAUCUCGGAGCGGUUGAUUUGGGGGAAUGGGUGCACAGGUUCGUGGUGAAGCGGGGGUUAUGCUGGCAUAUACCGCUGAUGAACGCCAUAAUUGACAUGUACCUCAAAUGCGGGUGUGUUGCCAAGGCGGUGGAGGUGUUUGAGGGUAUGGGGCAGAAGAGCAUUGUGACUUGGACGACGUUGAUCGCUGGAUUUGCUUUGCAUGGCCUUGGUUUGGAAGCUGUUGAUAUGUUCCGCCGGAUGGAAAGGGAGAAUGUGGCACCAAAUGACAUUACUUUUCUUGCCAUCCUGUCAGCAUGUAGCCACAUUGGACUGACUGAUUUGGGUCGCUGGUAUUUCCAAAUCAUGGUAUCUCAGUACAGGAUUAAGCCACGAGUUGAACAUUAUGGAUGCAUGGUCGAUUUACUUGGCCGUGCUGGUUGUUUGAUGGAAGCUCGAGACUUAGUUAAGGACAUGCCUUUCAAGGCAAAUGCAGCAAUAUGGGGGGCUCUUCUUGCCGCUGCUCGGACCCAUGGUGAUGCUGACCUUGGGGAACAAGCCCUGUUGCAUCUAAUUGAGCUUGAGCCUCACAAUAGUGGGAACUAUAUUCUCCUGUCAAACAUUUAUGCAGAACAGGAGAGGUGGGAUGAAGUGAGGAAACUUCGGAAGGCAAUGAGAGACGGGGGCUUAAGAAAUGUACCAGGGGCAAGUUCUAUUGAAGUUGAUGGUGUGGUUCAUGAGUUCACUUCCAGAGAUGGAUCACAUCCUUGCUUACAUAAGAUACGUAAAGUAUUGUGUGAGAUCACCGCUGACAUGAAAUCCAUUGGUUAUGUCGCCGUGCUCCCUGAAGCACCGCAUGAUAUUGAAGAAGGGUAA